UCGGAGAAUAUCAGUUAAUUUGUCGUAAAAAGAAAAAGUUGGUGAUAAUCUGCCGAAAAUAGUGAAUACGGUUGCUGGGAGACAGGGCGUCGUUGGAAAACUGACAAUUGCUUGAAAGCGAUAUAUAAAUCGUCUACCAGCGAACUUUGUGAAAACGGAAUAUCGAAAAGGAAAAAAUUUAUUGGAAGAUACGAAAAGGAAGCGAAUAAAAAACAAACGAGACGUUUCUUGAAAGAAACAUAUUCAACACUAUUUUUACAAACGAAUUUCAAUUAAAAAAUUAAGAAAUGGCACCGAUCGUUGGAACUUAUCAACACGAACGUAAUGAAAACAUCGACGAAUACUUCAAAGACUUAGGGGUACCAUAUAUCGCACGAAAAAUGAUGGGUUUGGCAAGUCCACGUUUGGAAAUUUCAAACGAAGGAGAAAAAUGGACGAUUCGUACUGUAUCUAUGAUGCGUACAAUAGAAUUAACGUUUGCUCUUGGAGAAGAAUAUGACGAAGGUUUACCUUCUGGUGAAACAUUAAAAAAUGUUACAACAAUGGAUGGUGACAGUCUCGUGACGGUAUCAUACAGGCCUGAUAACAGCAAAAUCGUACGGAAGUAUGAUUUCACUGACGACAGUGUCGUCUUGACGAUGUCUAGCGAAAAAAGCGAGGUUAUGGCAAAACGAUAUUUUAAGCGACUUCCUUAAAUCUUUGACUACAUCUUAAUGAUUUUUUAUUUAGUACAGAUAUUAUAUAUAUAUAUAUAUGUGCGUGUAGGUGUGUAUAUUUUAUGUACACUCUUUUGAUAUUUUCAUUUAUCGUUCUAAUGUA